AGCGCCGGGAGGACGCGGCGCCUCCCGGCAUGGCGGCUCCGGCCAAGCGUGCGCGGGUGAGUGGCGGCUCGCCCCUCACCACGCCCUGCCCGGUCCGGAGAGUUACCCGCGCCCCCCUGUCGCCCCCGGCUCCCGGGCGCGGCCAUGCCACUUGUUUCUCCCCGCUGGCGGCGUGGCCCCGCGGUGGCCAGUCCGACGGCGACGCGGUAGCCGGCUUCCUGCGCUGGUGCGCGGGAGUGGGGCUGGAGCUGAGUCCCAAGGUGGCGGUGAGCCGGCAGGGCACGGUGGCCGGCUACGGCAUGGUGGCGCGGGAGAGCGUGCAGCCGGGGGAGCUGCUGUUCGCAGUGCCGCGCUCGGCGCUUCUGUCUCCCCACACCUGCUCCAUCAGCGGCCUGCUGGAGCGAGAGCGAGGCGCGCUGCAGAGCCUGUCGGGGUGGGUGCCGCUGCUGCUGGCGCUGCUCCACGAGCUGCAGGCCCCAGCCUCACCCUGGAGCCCCUACUUCGCGCUCUGGCCAGAGCUCGGGCGUUUGGAGCAUCCCAUGUUUUGGCCAGAGGAGGAACGGCGGCGCCUCCUACAGGGUACAGGUGUCCCGGAGGCCGUGGAGAAGGAUUUGGUGAACAUCACUAGCGAAUACCAUUCCAUCGUCCUGCCCUUCAUGGAGGCUCACUCCGAUCUCUUCAGCCCCACUGUUCGCUCACUGGAACUCUAUCGUCAGCUCGUGGCUCUUGUGAUGGCUUAUAGCUUUCAAGAACCACUGGAGGAAGAGGAUGAUGAUGAAAAGGAGCCCAACUCCCCCUUGAUGGUGCCUGCUGCAGAUUUACUAAACCACAUAGCCAAUCACAAUGCCAAUCUUGAGUACUCUGCAGAUUAUCUCCGGAUGGUAGCUACUCAGCCCAUUCCCAAAGGUCAUGAGAUUUUCAACACCUAUGGGCAAAUGGCUAAUUGGCAACUGAUUCAUAUGUAUGGUUUUGCUGAGCCCUAUCCUGACAACACAGACGACACAGCUGACAUUCAGAUGGUGACAGUCCGGGAUGCUGCACUGCAGGGAACAAAGGAUGAAGCUGAAAAGCUGCUCUUGUGUGAACGCUGGGAUUUCCUAUGCAAACUGGAGAUGGUAGGGGAAGAAGGAGCCUUUGUGAUUGGUCAUGAGGAGGUGUUGACUGAAGAGGAGCUAGCCACCACACUCAAGGUACUGUGCAUGCCUGCUGAGGAAUUCAGAAACUAUAAAGAACAGGCUGGACAGGGAGAGGAAGAAAGAGAAGAGGUCAGUCUGGCAAUCGCAAAUAUCCCCAAGCUCCAAGCAUCGUGGAAGCGGCUUCUUCGAGACAGUGUUCUACUGACCCUUCAGACCUAUGCCACCGACUUAAAAACUGAGCAAGAUUUACUUAGCAAUAAGGAAGUCUACGCCAAGCUCAGCUGGCGGGAACAGCAAGCCUUACAAGUCCGCUAUGGUCAGAAGAUGAUCUUACAUCAGGUGUUGGAACUCACAAGCAGGUUCCCUGAAUGACCAGCAGUGAAAACCUUUUAAGCUUGUGUUUUGUUGCUUUGGGUCUUUUGCUAUAAGACAGUAUCAAAGGAAAAGUAGCUAAAGAUGAGCUAGGAUUAAUCCAAGGCAAGAGUUACGUGUUGACAUUUUAGGACUGAGAUUUGGUAAUCACUGCCAAUUGUUAAGCACAUUCUAUUUUUACUAAUGUCUUCAGGUUUUUAGUAGAAUUUAAUAAAUAUGGACCGAGCUGGACUUUGUGAAGUUCAACCUUUUUGAAGUCCAUUUCCUGUAGAGAACUGAAGCAUUACAGGUAGCUUUGCUGCACCUUCAGUCUCAUCAGUAGUCUAUCUAAAGUUGGUUCUCCAUGUCACAACUCACUUUCUCAAGGACAUGAAGGACAUCCAGGUUUCAUUUGGUAAUGUAGAUUAUAAAUGGAAUUGUUUCAAAUACUACCUAUUUAUACUAAAAAAAAAAAAACACCUAAAGAGUUUUUCUAAUUCAGUUUAACUGCACAGAUUUUCUUGCUCCAACAGCUUCCUCCUGUUGAAACAGCAAAGGUAUAUAAAAAUUUCCUUGCUUGGCAUGGUUGUAGUAUACCAGUAAUCCCAGCCUUCCGGAAGCUGACAGGAGGUGGAUAAUUUAGUCUACAUAGUAGGACCCUGACUUCAAAAAAAAAAAAAAAAAAAGUGUAAGUAAUAAUAGGAAAUUUUGGUGAUUUAGUAAGAAGUGAUUAUUUCCCAGGAGACUUGAGUUAUCCACUUUCUUCCUCACCAUCAUGGGCUGCUGCUGCUGAGAAAGGCACAGUGGACUCCUAUUCAUCUAACUUUAAUGUUUACUGUCUUCACACACACAAGAAAGCUGAGCUAGGGCCCAGGAACUACAAAGGCUACAAAACAGAACACAGACCUGGCUAUUCUCUGAACUUUUAAGAUCCCUAUUAAAAAAAAAAAAAAAAAAAAAAAAAAA